GUGCGGGCUCUUAAAGUGACUUCAGUUGCAACACACAAGGGAGACCUAAAGCGAAUCAGUACGUCAAAAGUUAUUGGGUUUCCCACAGCAUUGAUGGAUCACACUGGACAUAUGUUAGAGACAACAGUCAAAUCAAGGUAUUUUCCGGUAAUAACGACGAUUUCAGCAUCAUUAGGAAUCCAUUCUACCCUCCUUUAUUUGCUCGUUUUGUUCGCCUUCACCCCAAGACGUGGAAUGCUUUUGUUGGAAUAAGAAUGGAGCUUUAUGGAUGUUCGGGAGAAGGUUCAUGUUUUGUUCCUCUUGGUGUCGAGGAUGGUCGUGUACCUGGUCAGUUUUUCUCGGCUUCUUCGAUAGCUAGCAACCACUACAAGGCAGAAUAUUCACGAUUAAACAGCGUGGCUUCAGGAGCAAGGAAAGGAGCAUGGGCUGCAAAGGUUGCCAAUGUAAAUCAGUGGCUACAGGUUGAUCUUGGUCGUCCGUCGACUGUAACCAAGAUAGUGACACAAGGUAGACAAGAUGCCUUGCAGUAUGUUCAGAGCUACAAGGUCUCUUAUUCCUUUGACGGCUCUCACUGGACUUAUUAUCGACUCCAGGAUGGUCAUGUGGAGGUAUUUGGUGGAAAUGCAGACAAAAACAGUCUUCAAUUCAACCAUUUCUCGCCAGCGAUACAUGCCAAGUUCAUACGUAUUCAUCCACUGACGUGGGUUGGGCAUAUCAGCAUGCGGUUUGAGUUGUAUGGUUGUUACAUGGUCAACAACUGCCUGAUGCCACUUGGUGUUGAAGAUGGUCGCGUUCUAAAUGCAGAGCUUACUGCAUCAUCAAUCCAUUCAGCGCUUUACGCAGCUCAUUUUGGACGACUUAAUCUUGUCAAAACAAAAGCAAAUUAUGGAGCAUGGUGCGCAAAGGUUUCCAAUGCAAAGCAAUGGAUUCAGAUUGAAUUUAAUGAACCAACCGUAGUAACCAAAAUCGCAACGCAAGGACGACAGGAUGUUGCACACUGGGUCAAGAGUUACAACCUUGAAUAUAGUUAUAAUGCUCAACACUGGGCUGUAUACAAGCAUAAUAGUGUCCGUGUGGUGUUUCCCGGAAACUUCGACCAGCACACGAUUCGUGAGCACCAUAUCUUUCCAGCUAUCUACGCCAGAUUUCUUCGUGUAAGGCCACUUACUUGGCAUGGAUUUCUUUGCAUGAGGUUCGAGGUCUACGGCUGUGCAGUAAAUGGAAUUGGUGACAUGACUGUUACAGCGUUUUAACCUAUUGUUUCGUCAACCCACAAGGGCAGCAAAAGGAAAACGUAUAAACAUUUGAAUAGUACUGCUAGAAACGACUUAGGGAUCGUUCGUUGUUUAUCUCAGAAGGGUGGGAAGCGGGAAGUCAAGAAAAGAUCAAAUGAAAAGGAACUCGUAAUUACCAAUUAUUCUAGAGAGUUCUAAAAGUUAACUUUGAAACAAAAGUGAAUUUUCACUCUCUUAAUAUUAUUGUCUUAGUAUACGCACUAUGUGUAUUUUAGCUUUUAAAAACUAGUUUCGUUGUUUCAACUUCUUCAGUUUGGCUAGAACAGCUUAAGGUUAACACAGGGGUAGUUUUUGAGGGGAAAAAACUUAAUUCAAAUUUCAUUCAUAUGCUGAAACAACCUUCUGAUCAAAGUCAGAAGUCGGUUUACUCAAAAAUCGAAUUAGAAAUCUUAGGUUGUUAAGUUUUACGGAGGGAUCGGAGGAAAACCAGAGAACCUAGAGAAAAGCCCUCGAAUCAAGGGAAAGGCCUAACGAUCUUUACUCACAUUUAAUGCAGAGACUAGGAAUCGAACUCGAGACAACCCUUAGAGGUGAGUACGCUAACGCUACCCUAUCCAUGACUGAUUCAGAAAUGAAUCAGUUGGGAUUUUUCGACCUUGAUUUUUCACCCGAUCCAAGCUUCAGAAAAGGUCUUUCAAAUUGCUUAUAUAAAUACUGAACGAUUCCUAAGAGUGCGUGCUUAAUUUUAUCACACACCCUUGUUAAAAAUACAGCCAAUCAUAUGGCUUCCAUAAUCAUCCUUUUUCUUUGUCUUUGAUUUUUAAAUUUUAAAUUGAAAAAAACCCUCAUUUCUUGUGAUAGAAUAAUCAAAAUAAAAUCGCGAUUAAUGUU